AUGGAUGGAACGCAUGAUACGGGAGCAGAUACUUCAAGUGCACAGCGACGUGCAAGAACCCCUCCACCUCCGCGUUCCGGCAACGGUGCUCGACAAUCCCGUGUUAACGCUGUACCCUUUCGACCACCUCGCAAUAAAACACGGCUGGCUUCGUCAAGUGACAUUGGGGACGCUCGAGCUCCGGCAACAAAUAGAAAGCAUCCACCGGAUUCACAUGAAGGUGUAGAUGACCAUUCAGAAGAUGAAGACUAUGACCCGGAGGCGGAUGAGAUCGAGUCAUUCGAUGACCAUCUAGACAAUAUGUUUGCAGCACAGGAAGUUGAACGUCAAGAAAAUGGUGUGAUAUCUUCUAUGGAGCUGACUGUUAAGGAGGCAUUAGCACUUCCUCCUGGAAAGAAGAUCAGUUGGAAGACAAUGAGUAAGGCUUCCAAGGAGCAUGCGUAUGACCAGGUUAAGCGAGUAUUCCACUAUGAGGACGAUAAAAGAGGGUGGAUAAAGCGGGGAAUUUUACAAAGAAUAAGAAGUUGCUGGAGGAAUUUAAGAAAUCAUUUGUUCCAUAAGGUUUAUGACGAAGAACUAAAUUUUGAGAAAAAUAUCAAGCGUAAGCCAGUAGGAAUAGAGGCAAAUCACUGGAAAAAGUUUCUUCAAUAUCGGUUGGACAAGGACACGAAGGAGCAACGACAGGAAAGACCUAUUGGGAGAGCAGAUGGAUGGACCAUGAGUCAUAAAAAAAAGAAUGGAAAGUAUAUGAAUGAAGAAGCGCAUUUGGUUGGGGAAGCAAUUGAACUUAUUGAGAGCCAAGACUCCUCUAACAAGGAAUUUUUACAAAAUGAUUCCCUUGCACAAGUGCUUGGAAAGGAGCACCUAGGAAGAGUUCGUGGACUUGGUAUUGGUACAUGUUCGAGUCAGUGUUUUCGUAACAUUCCAAAGCAGUCGGACUACGGUGUACAGAUUGAGGAGUAUCAGAUGAAGAUUGUGAAACUCAAGGCGGAGGCAGCAGUAGAGGAAAAGGCAAAGAGACAGAGAAUGGAGACAAAGGCAGCUGAAGGGAAGGCAAAAAUAUAG